UUACGCGCCAGAAGCCCAACGAGUGCUGUUUAAUUAAAUUUAAACGAUGUAACCGUACGAAAUCAAGUCAAAGUAAAGCUCUAGUUAUAUCGAAGUACGUGGAAAACAAUCAAAUUAUAUUCAAACGUAACAGGGCUAUACUAUAUCAAAUGGUUACGUGAUACAGUUGAUUAUACCUAUGUAUAGGCAUACGCGCGUACGCGUAAAAAUAGCGGCUGAAAUUGUGCUGUUAAAAAAAUAUAUGUAUAUGUUAUUAAAAACAGACUACAAUGCACGUGUCCAUCGAUAACAGAUGGGGCACAUUUUUUUGAACUUGGAAUCAAAUUUGAUUAGUGUGUUUGAAAGUGUUAUAAUUUCGAUAAAUUAUAUUUUUACGUCAGCACAACAAUCGAGAUCCGCAAUGAUAAUGUUAAAGUUAGAUAAGCCUCGGGCAUAUUUCUCCUAAUCUCUAAAGAACGAUAAAGAGAACUUGACGAGAUAAAAGGCUAGUCCCGUUUUACGAUACUCAACGAAAGGUACAAUACCUGUUACCUUAUGAUAUUAACAUUACUUCACCGUAUGGGAAACGGUAUGAAAAUUUCGCAAAACUAUCUAAAGUCAAUAUUUGAUUGUUGAGCUACGUCCGACUACGCAAUUAAAACGUCACACAUUUUUAGUUAAACUUGUUAAAUAUCUAUACGAAUGUUUCGUGAUUGUACAAGGUAGAGUAGCACACUGCAUUGCAUGAUCUAGUGACGUGUCAUCGAUCUCGACCUUUUGGAUCACGCUGCUACACGUUUAGUUCCAUAAAUCGACAAUAAAAAAGAAAAUAUCAAUCAGGAAAAAAAUAUUUUUCCUUUAAAAAUCCUAACGAAAGGACAUUUAAGAUUUAACUGUGGAUAAUAUCACCACCGCAGCGGCGACUUGAGUGCUUUAUUAUAUUAACUGUUAUCGAGUUUUAAUAAUCUCGAAAAAAUGCCAUUAUUCAAACCGAAGAAUUCGGCCAGGUCACCAACUUAUGAUAAGACCAAUAGUUCUCCGCAAAUUUACGACGCUGGACAUACGAAUAGUGAUGGAAAUUCGACUAGUCCUGCAAACGGUAAUUUGAAUCGAUCAAAAUCUCAGGAACCACCAAUGAGCCCCGUCGGGAGACCUCAAUUGAUAUUUCACUGUCAAUUGGCUCACGGAAGUCCAACUGGAUUAAUAUCCGGGUUCAGCAACGUCAAGGAACUCUAUCAAAAAAUCGCGGAAUGCUAUGAAAUCCCACCGUCCGAGAUACUCUUUUGCACACUCAACACACACAAGGUGGAUAUGCUGAAAUUAUUAGGUGGUCAAAUUGGCUUGGAUGACUUUAUUUUUGCACACAAGAAAGGUAGGCCUAAAGAAAUAGAGCUUGUGAAAAAUGACGAUGCCUUGGGUCUAACGAUAACAGAUAAUGGCGCAGGAUAUGCUUUCAUUAAACGUAUAAGAGAGGGAUCAGUUAUCGACAAUGCUAAAGUCAUUCAAGUUGGUGAUCAUAUCGAAAAAAUAAAUGACGAGAUUUUGGUUGGACGAAGACAUUUCGAGGUGGCUAAAUUGUUGAAAGAAAUUCCCAAAGGAACCACGUUCACAUUACGACUUAUCGAGCCCCAGAAAAAUGGAUUUGGAAGUAUUGGCCCUAGAGGAGACCCGAGAAAGGGAAAGAAACAGGUCUAUGGUUCCGGAAAAGAAACCUUGAGGUUCAGAGCAGAUGGAAGUGUCCAAAUUGAAGAAGUGCCGGAUGAUUCGGCCACGUAUGGUGUUGAGAAAAUUAAUGGAUUGCUAGAGAGUUUCAUGGGUAUAAACGACAAUGAACUGGCCACGCAAAUUUGGGAAUUAGCAGAAGGCAAAGAUAAUAGCAUGGAUUUUGCUGAAGCCAUUGAUAAUUCUGAUUUGGAAGUAUUCGGUUUUACUGACGAUUUUGUAAUCGAAUUGUGGGGAGCUGUAACCGAUGCUAGAGCUGGUCGUCUACGAUGAUCAUAGUUCACAGCAUAACAGUACGAUGAGUGACUGGAUCGUUUUUUGAUUCAUGUGAUCGUAUGAAUGUGAGUGUGGUGAAUUCUGAGAAGAUGGAGUCACACAGGGUAUUAUGCAAUUAAUUAUGCAGGCUGCUUAGAUUCACAGCUACUAUUAUUGAUUUAUUAUUUGGUUUUAUAAUUAGUCGUUCAACAUUUCGUUACAUAACGUAACAUCAACAUCUGAAGUUGUUUUUGUAUUUUACAAAAAUGACGAGCAUGGAGAGAUUGAGGCGAUCAUGCAUUUUGCAAAUCAUGCAAGAAUGUUCCAAGCAUCUGCAUUAUUAUGCAGGUUGCAGUAUAAGGCAGAUGGUGUUUUUCAUUUUGAGUUUUACAAAAAGAUAUAUUUCCUCAGUAUUCAAACAAAUACUACAAACUAUGAGAUUAGAAGAUAGUAUUUAUGGUAUAAAUAUCCCACUCUUACAGGAAUUAUCAUUCCAACGUAAAAUAUUUAGAAUUUUGUAUAGAUUUGCAGUCUAUGUAUUAAAUAUUAUUUUUUCAGUGAAUUUAUACAUACAUAUUUAAACAGUUGACACAUUGUAGAAUUCAUAACUUGGCAAAUUAAGCGUUGUCACAUAUUGUAAAAGGAUGGACUAAUUGGUAAUAUUGUGUUUCUGGUGAAACUGUUAACAUCCAGUAAAUAGUGACCUCAAAUUGACUUCAAUUUUUUUGAAUAAAUUCGCUCUGAUUUCCAACUUGCAGAGCACGAAAGUAUGGGAUCAUAGGAUAAACUAAUCAUUGAUAGUUGUCAUAUUUGAACAAAUAAUUAUUGUUGUAUAGAUAGUUAUAUAAUUUAUAUAAAAGAAAGAUAUAUUAUGUAUAAAUCAGAGACAUGUAAUAUAAGUCAGAUUUUUUGUUUUACAUAAGUACUCUGUGGUUUGUUGACCCGAAUCGAGUAACUAUACUAUCGCUGCAUAGUGAAGUUACUUGAUUGCCAAAUACUUGUUAUCAUUGUGUGAUAAACGGUUUCUUAAAGGA